UAAGGUCCCCUAUAAAUUAACGCACUCAUUGCUUCAACUUUUCACCAACUCACCCAACAAUUAACUAAUGCAGAAGAUGGCCACUCAUCAGAGACGAGACACUGCUUCUUCUCAUUCUUCUUCCUCGCUUUAUCUCUGCAUAGUUUUCCUCCUGGCCAUAUCCUCUACGUUCCCAACCCCAACUCUCUCCGCCAUCUCUCCUCGUUCUCGUUGCAACCCAGCUGACAAAAGGGUCCUCCUGCAAAUUAAGAAAUCCAUCAACAAUCCCCAUCACUUCCAUUCCUGGAAUUCCACCCUUCCAUGCUGUGACUGGGACUACGUUCUAUGUAACGACUAUACACACCGCGUCGUCCAGCUCAACUUUUACGGAAUCCAAACCCACUUCCAGAUACCGGCGGCCAUCGGCGAGCUCCCUUAUCUCAGAUUCCUUAACUUCGCUGGCCUCCCCAAUCUCACCGGCACCAUCCCCUACUCCUUCACAAAGCUUCAGAACCUCGAAUCUCUCAUUAUUCGGCGUACCACUCUCUCCUGUCCCAUCCCAGACUUCCUCGGCCAGCUCAAAAAUCUCCGACAACUUAUUUUGUCCUACAACCAGCUCUCCGGCCACAUCCCGGCUUCUCUCGGAUAUCUCAACAAACUGGCUCUUCUUGAUCUCAGAUGGAACAAACUCAAUGGAAACAUACCCGACUCGUUCGGGAGCUUCAAUUUUGACGAUGGCAUGGGUUUCAUGCUCGAUCUAUCUCACAACCAGCUGGCCGGUGAGAUUCCCAAAUCGAUGGGUGCAUUGAAUUUCACAAGUAUCGACCUGUCGCACAACAAGCUCGUCGGAGAUGCAUCAGUGUUGUUCAGGGAGAACACGGCGGCAAGAUCGAUCUAUUUAUACAACAACCGGCUCGACUUUGAUCUGACAAAAGUGUGGUUUCCGAGGAACAUAAAUUAUUUAGAUUUAUCUCACAACAGGAUUCACGGCAGCAUACCCAACCAGGUGAUUGAGUUGGAUUUGCAAAGUAUGGACUUGAGUUAUAAUCGUUUGUGUGGAAAAAUUCCGUUCGGUGGGAAUGUUCAGCAGCUCGGUGCCAAGUCCUUUGCUCAUAAUCAGUGUUUGUGCGGUCCUCCACUCCCUACCAAAUGUAAGUAAACCGCCGAUUGGCUGAGCUGAAGAGAAAAAGAAAACCUUGAAUAAUAAUAAUAAUAACAAUGUUGUGAUGUGAGGUAUUCUCUAGAGCAUUGUUUGUAUUGGUUUUCACAUAAUCACAUGUUUUGUAUUAGUUGAUAUCCUUCAUUUAUUGUCAAUUAAUAAUGCAAUGUAUCUUCUGGUUUGGUAUGGGGGAGUUCGGCUUC